UUCGGCUUGAGCGGCAGCAGCGUUUCCCUCCCGGCGGCUCCGGCGCGGCGCGAACAUGGCGGACCAGGCCAUCUCCUUCCUCAAGGACUUUCUGGCGGGCGGCGUCGCCGCCGCCAUCAGCAAGACGGCAGUGGCGCCCAUCGAGCGGGUCAAGCUCUUGCUCCAGGUGCAACAUGCGAGCAAACAGAUUGCUGCUGAUAAGCAGUACAAGGGUAUCAUCGAUUGUGUAGUGCGUAUUCCAAAGGAACAAGGAGUGCUGUCCUUCUGGCGAGGAAACCUGGCAAAUGUCAUCAGAUACUUCCCAACUCAAGCUCUUAAUUUUGCCUUCAAGGAUAAGUAUAAGCAGGUGUUUUUGGGAGGUGUAGACAAGCACACUCAGUUCUGGAGGUAUUUUGCUGGUAACCUGGCAUCUGGUGGUGCAGCUGGAGCCACUUCCCUCUGCUUUGUCUACCCCCUGGAUUUUGCAAGAACCCGUCUGGCUGCUGAUGUUGGAAAAGCUGGUGCAGACAGAGAAUUCUCUGGUCUCGGGGACUGUCUAGUCAAAAUCACCAAGUCUGAUGGUGUGCGUGGCUUGUACCAAGGGUUCAAUGUCUCUGUCCAAGGCAUCAUCAUCUAUAGAGCUGCCUACUUUGGGAUCUAUGAUACAGCAAAAGGCAUGCUCCCAGAUCCCAGGAAUACUCACAUUGUUAUCAGCUGGAUGAUUGCCCAGACAGUGACUGCUGUGGCUGGCGUGGUCUCCUAUCCUUUCGACACAGUGCGGCGUCGCAUGAUGAUGCAGUCAGGACGCAAAGGAGCUGAUAUCAUGUACUCUGGAACAAUUGACUGCUGGCGGAAGAUUGCAAGGGAUGAAGGAGGAAAGGCCUUCUUCAAGGGUGCAUGGUCUAAUGUUCUCAGAGGCAUGGGGGGUGCUUUCGUGCUUGUGCUGUACGAUGAAUUCAAGAAAGUAAUUUAAACAGCCUAAAUAGAAUUGGAAAUCAAGUUGAGCAGAUCAUGUAGAAUAACUACCAUUAUGGACCAUUGACCUUCAAGAAAUUCCUGUGAGUCUUAUUUAUCGGAGCCAGAUGAUACUUGUAGAUGGGGCUGGAAACUGACAUAGAGGGCUGAUCCACUUCUCUGUAACACGUGAAAACACUGAAUCUGGCAAUUCAGUGUGACAGCUUUUCUUUACAGCAGUAAGGAAUGAGUGGCGUUGGUUCUGGGUCCAAAGUUGUUAGGUCCAAUUUGGGCAGAAAAACUAUCAUUUGCCUGUGGAUCAGCCUUCAGUUUCAAGUCCUAUCUUAUAGGACCAUAAAAUUGUAUUUGAACGCGUUUGCUAACAAAUCAUGUUUUUUUCCACUUGUACUGAAGCACUAUGUACCAUUUUGCACAGCUGAACAUCUAGCAACUUUGUUCUUAAAUUGGGGCAUUCUGCUGUAAAACAAUAAACAUACUUACUCGG